AUGGGGCCACCGUGGCACGCGAUCCGCCGUGGCGUUCGUCUGGUCUGGAUUGUGUGGACCGCCUUUCCGCCGGUAGCAAUCAUGCUCUGGGGCAUCGCCAAGCCCGAAAAGAUGAUGGACUUUCAGGCUCAAGCGUUCCGGCCCUCGGAGGACCACGGCUUCAAGCUCGUCCCCGACGCCCCCAUUGUGGUGUCGCACCUGGACACGUCGAGCUACUCUGCCAGCCAAAAGCAGUGUGUCUUCCAAUAUGGCGAGUUUUACGGCUCAUUCUGGCUGGGGAUGCUGUGCAUGAUGGCCUUUGCGCGGAGCCCUGCGACCGAGCGGGCUGUGUGCAUCACCUGCUUCAUCUACAUGGCGUUCGUGAGCAACGCGACGUGGUACCAGCAGGCCAACUUCUUCGAGGGGAACCUCUCCUUUGUCUUCUUCGAUCUCUUGCAAGGGGCCAUCUUUCUUCUCCUUGCUUUUGUUGUCCCAAAUCAGACGGCGGAAGUGAAGCCGUUGGCCAAGCCACUGCUUGAGGGCGGAGCGUAG